AUGCCAGCCGUUGAUGCCACGUCAGCCUAUGGAGAGUUCCACGGAGACAAGCCUUUCCGUGAGGCAAUGGCUGCUUUCAUGACACGUGCUCUCAAUCUCUCCCACAAUCGCUCGUCCUCUUCCCACAAUCCGCACGAGCUAACCGAGAUCGAUCCUCACCGUCUGGUGAUCACGUCUGGAGUCACUGCAGCCGUUGGAUUGCUGGCCCAUGUGCUGGCCGACGCGGGCGAUUCGUUCAUCGUUCCAACUCCUUUCUAUCCGGGUUUCACAGUGGAUCUUGAGCGACAGGCUGGCGUGACCAUUAUCCCUGCUGCCACCUAUAGCGACACUGGAUUCGAUAUUAGCACAUCCUCCUUAGAAGUUGCUCUGAGGGAGUCUCAGGGGGAGGGAAGUGAUGAGCCAAGGCUGGAGGGAGGAGGGUGGGAGGAGGAUGAGAGGGCAGAGAGGAGAAAGGGGAGCGGAGUGAGGAAGGAGAAGGGAGGGAGGAAGGAGAGGAAGAGAGGGAAGGUUCGUGGUGUGCUGCUAUCAUCACCUUCCAACCCUCUGGGCCGUACCUUUUCUGAUGCUACUCUUCUCAGCGUACUGCAGUUUUGCAGGGAAAAACGCCUCCAUCUGAUAUCUGACGAGAUCUAUGCUGGAUCAGUCUAUAAUGGGGAUGGUUUCACAUCGCUUCUGCACCUUGCAGAGCCUCAGGAUUAUCCCUUUCUGCACGUCGUCUACGGACCUUCCAAGGGUUCCGCAUUGGUUCUUGCUACUCCCUCAACCCCACCGUCCAAUCAGCAGUCACCAAACUCGCCCGCUUCUGCUCCCCCUCUCGCCACACCCAAGCACUCCUUGCCCCUCUAUUGA